AAUACGACUCGCAAAAUUCUCUAGGGUUUUGCUGUUUCCUCUUCUUACUCUUCUUUUUGUGUUCUCUCUUGAAAGUUUCCGCCGCCGAUAUAGCAGACAGCCAUGGCUAGUACCAUUUCUCCUUCGGAUCAAGCUGCAGAUUUGCUGCAAAAUCUGAACCUUGAUCCAGAAACCAUGGCUCAAGUCCCUGAUACUGGGAAUAAGGAUGCGUAUGGCGGAAACAGUAAUGGGUUCUUACAUCCCUCGGUAGAAGCAACCAAGAGUGGGAAACCAAAUCUUUUAGCUAAUGGUAGGGCUAUAGCUACUGUCAAUAAAGGAUUGAACCAGAAGAAACUUGGUUACCAGAACUCUGCUGCUUAUUAUCAAAAGGGUUCAUAUGCAAGAGGUACCUACCCUACUGGCUAUUACCCUCCAGCGUACCAGUACCCGAGGUAUGGCUACGAGAUGAAUUACGCGUCUGGGAAGACCAACAGUCUUCACUAUCCUUACCUGAGUACUCAUCAGGGACGAUCAGCAUACAUGGACAGCAUGUACUCCUCGAUGUAUGGACCUUACAUGAGUGGCCUAGGAGGCUAUGGAUAUGAUUCGUAUGGUUAUGGAACUUACAAGCAAACUCCGAACUGGUAUGCAUUCAACAAUGGCUACAAGACAAGGAAUUAUGGAUAUCAUGGAUAUGGCAAAGAGAACGUUGAGGGGUUGAACGAGUUGAAUAGAGGGCCAAGAGCCAAGGGUUUCAAGAUUGGCCAAGAAGGUUCGCAGCCAGAGACUCUUAAAGAGCAGAACGCACUGGAGACCGAGAAGACAAAGGAAGAUGUUUCUCUUCCAGAUUCGAAGGAGUACAACAAGGAAGAAUUUCCUGCGACCUACUCACAUGCCAAGCUCUUUGUAAUCAAAUCUUACAGUGAAGACGAUGUUCACAAAAGCAUCAAAUACAGUGUGUGGUCCAGCACCCCCAAUGGCAACAAGAAGCUUAAUGCUGCUUAUAAUGAAGCUAAAGAAAAGUCAGAUGAGUCCUGCCCUGUUUUUUUACUCUUCUCUGUAAACACUAGUGGGCAAUUUGUUGGUUUAGCUGAGAUGGUAGGCCCAGUCGAUUUUAACCAGACUUUUGAAUACUGGCAGCAAGACAAGUGGAUCGGUUGCUUUCCUGUUAAGUGGCACAUUGUUAAAGAUAUCCCAAAUAGUUCCUUGAGGCAUAUAACUCUGGAGAACAAUGAGAACAAGCCAGUUACGAAUAGCCGAGACACACAGGAGGUAAACCUUGACCAAGGCAUCAAAGUCAUCAAGAUUUUUAAGCAACAUGUGAGCAAAACAUGCAUACUUGACGAUUUUGUUUUCUAUGAGAGUCGUGAAAAGAUAAUCCAAGAGGGGAAAAAGAAGCACCAGCAAUUUAAAAAACAGCAAGCUUUGGCUGCCAAUGACAAAAAGGUGACACCAAAAGAUGAACCUGAGGAAACCAAAGAGAAAACUACAUCACCAGAAGUAGCUAACGAAGUGAUUGAAGGAAUAACACAGAACAGUGUUGGUGAAGUUGCUAGUGCUUGUUGAACUUAUUAUCCUUUUUUCGCCACCAAAUUUGCUCCUUUCUUAGAGUGUGAGUUUGGGCCAGUUUGGUUUAUCUUUUUUAUGACGUAGAGGAAGGGAGAGAUGAUACGAGUAAAAACCCUAAGCAAUAUCCGUUUUUGUUGUUGGUUGUUGAAGUAGAAGAUAAAUGAGAAAGUUUAUGGUUUUUUCUUUUCAAGUGCUC